AUGCUGUCCUGCUUCACCCUCCCAGCAGCCGUUACGCUGGUCAGCUAUGCAGCUGCUCUCGAUAUCCCAGGUCUCCUGUCCAGUCUCGGUCCAGCACCAGCCAACGAUCUACGCUUCACCAAUUUUCAGGCACCGGGCGCUGGCGAUGUCCGCUCCCCCUGCCCCGGCCUCAACACCCUCGCCAACCACGGCUUCAUCCACCACAACGGCAAAAACAUGACCAUUCCCCAUCUGAUCGCCGGCCUCGCAGCAGGAAUGAAUAUCGGAGCCGACUUCACCACAGUAAUAGGAGCCGCUGGCUUGCUCUCCUCCCCAAACCCCCUAGCCGGCUCCUUCGACCUCAACGACCUAAACCAACACGAUUUCCCCAUCGAACACGACGCCUCGUUAUCUCGUCAAGACGCCUAUUUCGGAAACGAUUAUAGAUUCUACAACCCCAACUGGCAGCAAGUUCUGAGUUUCUACAAGGGGAUGGCAUACACCAAUAUCCCCACCGCGUCGCAAGCGAAAUACGCCCGGGUCAACGAUAGUAUGGUCAAGAACCCGACGUUCACGUAUGGAUUGAGGGAGUUCGUGCUGAGUUAUGGCGAGACGGCGUUGUAUCUCCAGACGAUGAGCGAUCCUGUCUCGGGGGUGGCCAAAGUCGAUUACGUGCGGAGUAUGUUCGAGCAGGAGAAGUUGCCUUAUGCACUGGGUUGGAGGCCGAGUGCGCAGCCUGUUACGCUGCCGAGUCUGGGAAACAUGAUUCUGGAGCUGUAUAAUGCGAAUCCGCAGAAGGUGCCGGAGGGGGCGACGAUUACUGCGGAUUCGUACAAGGACGCCUUCGAGGUCAUUGUUGGAGGAUCCGAGAUCUUGGCUAAUUUGACCGGUGGGAUCAGCUCGGCCUUGGGUCUGUGA